ACACAGCACACAGUGAACUGUCAUAGGCAAAGAAGAUAUCAGCUUGACACUUCCGGGAGACUCACGUGUGGAAGCUACGGCGUUUUUUGUUUUUUUUUUCUUUAAUAACUCGGGAACAAACGAUAUAAAAAUGACACAGUUGGACGGCAUUACGAAACCAAAGACAAAACGUUCCAAGCGUUUUUUGGAGAACAGAUUACCCAAACUGAGUGAGGACCUGAAGAGUGCCAUGAUUAUGAAAGGAGGGAACACAAGCGAGACGGUCACACAGGCUCUGAAAGAUGUGUAUUCCUUAAAGAAACCCAAUGCUGUGCUGUAUAAGAAAAAAAACAUAACUCGACCAUUUGAGGACUCCACAUCAUUGGAAUUUUUCUCCAAAAAGACGGACUGCUCUUUGUUUUUAUUUGGCUCACACAACAAGAAGAGGCCCAACAACCUUAUAUUUGGUCGUAUGUUUGACUUUCAUGUUUUAGACAUGGUUGAACUUGGGAUUGAGAAGUAUGUUCCACUAAAACAAUUUAAGGCGGAGACAUGCCCCGAAGGCACAAAGCCCAUGCUCGUAUUUGCAGGAGAAGCCUUCAGCAUGGAUUCUGAACUCAAGCGUCUCAAGAGUUUGCUCAUAGAUUUCUUCAGAGGUCCUAAGGUGGAUGGAGUGCGUCUAGCAGGAUUGGAGCAUGUGCUACACUUCACUGCAUUAGAUGGCAGAAUCUACAUGCGCAGCUACAGAUGUAUGCUGAAAAAGUCAGGCUGUCGCACCCCGAGGAUUGAAUUGGAAGAGAUGGGUCCUUCAAUUGACUUUGUUAUGAGAAGAACACACCUGGCCUCAGAACAGCUCUACCAAUUAGCUCUACGGCAACCCAGAGCUCUAAAGCCUAAGAAAAAGAAGAAUAUUUCCCAUGAUGUGUUUGGCACCAAGUUUGGUCGUGUGCACAUGCAGAAGCAAGAUUUGUCCAAACUUCAAACACGGAAGAUGAAGGGUCUAAGGAAAAGGAGGGGUGAGACAGGAGCCCAAGACGAGAGUACAGCCCCAAAAGUCCUUAAAGAGAGCUGAAGUCUCAAUUGACAUGCAAUUCUGUGGAUGACAAUAAACUGAAUUUAAACUUU